ACCGUGGAUGAUUGUGGAUGAUAUAAACACGAUCCAAUGACCAAAACACACGCGUAUUGAUGAUUGUUAAUCGGGGCAUGAUCGGGGAUUUGGGAUUUGUGUUCUUUGGUGGUGGGGGUCAACAGGGUUUGUUGACUUCCGGUCCGAUCGCUCGAGCAUAGAGGAGAUAACCGCAGGGAAAGGUGUGGAAUUGGUGAGAAAACCAGAUUGUAAAUUUGUUGUAGUGUUUGCCUACGACUACGUUGACGACUGCAUUACAAACAUGAGAUCCCAAGACUUCCAGACACUUCCAACAGUCUUACUGGUGCUAUGCAUAAUUCCAUCCAGCCAUCCCAGUAUGGAAACCGCAGAUGUCAAUGUCAAACCAGUUUCCUUCGAUUCCAACAUUGUCGCCUCGCUGCAAGACGAGGGCCCCAGACAAGAAGACGGCGAGUCGCGAGUUACAUUCCAAGAUCCCAAUCUCCAUCCAGACCACUACCGAUACUUCUUCAACCGACGACCCGACCAAGCCAUGGCCUGUCGGCUGGACAAGUCUUGCCCUUAUAAGGACCAACUUGAUUCUUCAGCAUGCUGGGGCUAUGAGACAGGCUGCACUAGAGAGAACAUGUCUGGGUACCCCAAGAUGGGUAAACAUCUCCUGGGAUGGUUCCGCACCGAGGAAGCUCAGCUGGAACAGUUCUGGACUGAAGGAGAUUUUGGUUACGUUAAAAAGAUUCUAGACGAGGGUUUCUAUCAGCUGUGCUCGCCUAAAACAGAGGGUGGUUCUUCCCUUGCUUGUAUUGACAACACUCGAUCCUGUCUCGCUAGGAAUCUUUUCCUAGAUCUGACAAAUUUUGACGAUCCAUUGAGGCAUCGAGGGAGGUUAGACUAUGAUUAUUUUCAAAUGCCCGGCAAAAUAGGAGGAUAUUGUUCUUUGGAUAAGGAACUUCUGAGGCAACAUUCUAGCAGAUUUUCUGAGUUGCAGUCAUGGUAUGGUGAGUUGAUGGAAUUCACUCCGAUGGCUUCUGAUCCGUUUGUGACUUCAAGCUGUGACGUCAUCAUCGAAGGCCGGACUUACCUGAUGAAGUUAGAUGCAGGUAUCAACAUGUUCCACCAUUUCUGUGAUUUCGUCAACUUGUACAUCACUCAGCACUUAUUGAAUGACUUUUCUCUGAAUGUGACGAUAGUCAUGUGGGACAUGAGCAAUAUGAGGUACCUGGAUUUAUUUCAAGAGACCUGGGCAGCCUUCUCAAACCGACCUCUGUUUAGAUUAAAUGAUUGGUCUGGCAAAAAAGUGUGUUUCCGUGAAGCGGUGUUUACUCUCCCACCAAGAAUGAUCCGUGGAUUCUUCUACAACAUGCCCCUGACGCCAAACACACACGGCAGCAGCUUGAUGAGGUCAUUCUCCCAGCUAGUUGUUCACCGCCUGGGUGUCAAACAGAAAGGCCCACUGAAAACAGGAAGAGUGAGAAUUACCAUCUUGGAGAGGAAAUCAAAACACAGGAACAUUAUCAACCAAGCUGAGCUGGUACAUGCUUUGAGAGAAGAUCCACAUUAUGAAGUUCAAGUUGUGGAGUAUAACCAUUCAUUGACCUUCGUUCAACAGAUGGAGAUCACACAUAACAGCGAUAUUUUUAUCGGAAUGCACGGUGCAGGUUUAACUCAUCUACUCUUCUUGCCUGAUUGGGCCACAAUCUUUGAAAUAUGUAACUGUGAGGACAGGCAUUGUUAUGAAGACCUUGCCAACCUCCGAGGGGUACACUACAUGACCUGGCAAAACAACGACCUCCUCAAGAAGCAUAAUGAAAUACUACACCCGAGCCUUGGCACGUACCACGCUAAAUUCUGCGACUACUCUUUUGACAAGGGGGAAUUUAUUCGGCUAGUGAAAGAGGCUCAGCGUCACGUGGAAAGUAAUCCAAAGUUUUGGGAAGGGGUCAUUGCCAAACGAGAUGAGCUAUGAUGAUCGGCUGCACUAAGAUUGUAAUCAUGUUUUUGUAUUUGUUUUGUUGGCCUUUUGAAAAGUUCUGCCUUAAAAAAGUUUGUUUAAUGUUUUUGGGUUUUUUCAGUUAGGUUUUGUCUAUAAAAUGUUUUAUCGGUUAUUUUAGGUUUUGUGUAGUGGGGAAAGAUCGAUAUUAAUGCUCUAUAAAAGGUAAAAAUGGUUUAUUUAAAACAAUCUUGAUAAACAUGAGAUAGAGCUUCCUCUACAUCUACAUGCCUCUUCAUGCUUCCUUAUUAAGUGAGGUUUGGAGUGACACCAUGUGUAAAUCUCUUUUGCGUAGUGGUGGUUUUUAAAAAAAAUCAGUGGUUGACCAAUUGACAUUUUGAUCAUUAUGCUCUGACUGUUUCAGGAGAACAUUACCGCUAACCUCCCACCGUGCAAUGUUUCAAAACCAUUACAUGUUUGCUAUUCUUGCGUACUCAGACCAAAGUUUAAAUUAACGAUUUGGUCCUUUUUGUUAGCAUGAGGCCUCAAUUCUCCCAGAUCCUCUUCUUCUAUGUUACUCAAUAUCAAAUUGUUUGGACUUGGGAUAAUAUUAGAAUGCCUGACCCUGUGAUCAGCACAGGGCCAAUUACGUUUAUUUUUUGGUCCACUUGCCCCAGUCCUUUUGAAUCCUUCACGUUGGCACUGAGUUGAAUAUAGAAGGAUUUGCAUGAAAUAUUCUCAACUUUUUUGUUAUCAAAUUUGUUUGGAUUUGAACCAACGAGUAUUUGCCUUAAAAUUUGUUCGCCAGAAGGGUAUCAAUUAAUGUAAUUGGCCUUGACAUUUCUUGGGUUUUCUUUUUUAUUUUGUAAGUCUGUCUGAAAACUUCCUUGCCUUUUUGUAUUAUUUUGUCCGCUGAUUUAGGAUUUCCUUUUGUACACAAGUUUACAUUUGUAAUGGGUUUAAAGGUUGUGAAAGUACUUAACAGUUUGAAUAUUCAAGUGAUUAACUAUCAGGGUUGAGAGGACCAGUUUUGUAUUUUAUUUGUUUGUAAUAAUUUACGUUUGUUUAUUUCUUUCACUUAUUGUUUUUUUUUUGUUACUCCUAGUUAUUCCCACCUCGGUUGCUCAAGUGACUGCACUAACUAAACUUAUAGAGAACAAUAGAGCACUACUGGAAAUAAGUUAUAUCAUUCAGCAUGGCGAGUCAUGGCCUUAGCAGUUAAAGAGCAUUGGAUUCAAACUCUUGUUUCUGAUCAGCAGAGUGUAGGUUCGAGUCCCACUCGAGACACUUUUGUCCUUAAGUAAGACACUCGACCAUAAUGCUUCGGGUUGUGUAAUGCACCAAGUAAAAUAAACCCAUUGCACUUAUUGAAAAGAGAAGGGGUUCGCCCCAGUGUUCUUGUUUUGAUUGGCAUUAUACUGUGCCACAGCACCUUGUAAAACCAUUAUAUGGUGCUAUGCAUGGUGCUAUGUCAAAAGAUUAGGUCUCAUAAUUCAAACUCAGUCCCACCCUUCCUUGCAAGAUAAUAUUGUAUGUUAAGGCGCCUUGGGCGUCACUAAGUGACGGAUACGCACGCUAUAUAAGAAGCCACUAUUAUUAUUAAUAACAUCAUUCAGGAAACACUGUCAAACAGAAAUCUGUUUAAACAAUUAUUUUCUUAAAGUUUUAUUUUUGAGAAUUCUAACUACAUGUAUUUCUUUUUUGAUACAGUGUGUGAAUGGGCGUGUUGCCUUACUUUGAAAAUGAAAUAAAAAUUCCGUACAUAAGUAAAUACAUAAGUAAUUAAUUGAAUCUGCAAGCUUUUUGAUGAAAUCUACUUAAUCAAGUUAUUUGACAUAUGGAGCAAAGUGCCUUGUUUUAGAUAACUCUUACGUUUGCCAGGGUAUAUGAUUUGUAUAUGUAUAUAUUUUAUGACUUUAAAAGACUUCAAAUAAAAAAAGGGCCAAUGUAUACAAAAUAAUUAUUACUGCUUUCGGCGAAUGUGGACAUGCUCAACCAACCUUGCCAAGCUUCAAAUAAUUCCAUAGGGUUGCUAAGGGUUUGUACUUAUACAACUUAUUUGAGUGUUGAUUAUGAUGUUUUUAGGCAUUCAGUUUUGAGGCUUAUCAUGUCUCCUUUUUUGUUUGUGUUAGUACCAUGUGUGCAUAGUACCAUGUGUAAAUAUGAAACUUUAAACUACUUAAACUUCAAUGUUUUACUUAAAAGCCAAUUCAUACUUUUAGUAAUUUUCAAAGACCAGUUUUCUCACUUAAUGCAUGAUUCCCAACGAUUCAUAAUUUGUUGUAUAACAUUCGGGUUCAAUUGGUCAUCAAAGUUGACAGAAAAUACUAAGAAGUACACCCUUUUGCAUAAUUAUAAUUGUGUGUUUUCAGAUGCCCGAGAAAGGCUUCAUGCCUAAAGCCUUUCUCAGGUUAAAUUGUUGGGGUUAACCACUCUUUCUCUUAAACUACAGUACAAUUGGGGUAAUUUCUAACCAUAUUUAAUAGUACCAUCAGCAGCUCACCAGUGAUCUUUACAAAGAAAGUUUUGGUAAUUGAUUUUUCUAGUAACAAUCCCUUUGAACUACUUAUUGUUUAUUAGUACACGUGAUGUGAUUGUUAUUAUGGUUUAAUACGAUUAUAUCACUUUUAAAUUAUAUUUUGGUGAUUUUAAUGUUUUAUGAGUAUUGUGUAAUAAUUUUUGUUAUAUAUAGGACUUCGGUGACAGGUUUGAAUUUAUUAUGCGACCAAAAUUUAGUCUUUUAUUUUUAAAAAUUAAUUUUGGAAAGGUAUACAGCAUUGGUCAUUUUUGCUAUACAUUUUACACCUUUAACAAAAUACAUAUUGAAUGCAGUUUUGUAUAUUAAUUUUGAUCGGCUUUACAUGUAGUCUUGAUCAGGGACUGUGUUUUGUGUAUUUAGUCUCCGAUAGAGGGCGCUACAUCGACAGUUUUAGAGGCUGGCUCGAGAGACUAAGCUAGUUAAAUCCGGAUCGAAUUGUUUGUGUCGUACAGAUAUCUUUUCUCCAGUAAAUCGUGUUGUGAUAUCGGCAACUGGCUAUGUUCCUGAGCGUCGCCAUUCAAGGCUACAUAACUGUUUCAUUGAAAACAAAAUGGGAACAGGUGUUUAUUGAGUCAAAGAGAGUCAAUACACCGUCAUCUGUCUAAGUACAAAUCUUCUAAUAUCCCAUCAAGUUAAUUAUUAACUAUAUACAAAGACAAACCUUUUUACAUUUUUAAAAAUAAAUAAAUGGAUAUUUUGUAAUAUAAAAAAACUAUUUUAAGGUAUCUUUGUAAUAAAAUAUACGAUUUUCAUUUAUUUAAGCUGAACUUGUUAAUCAUUGUUAUCACACCAAACGGGUAAUAUGGGAAAUAAAACUAAUUGAAAUGAA